UAUAGUAUACAAAUAAACAAUUUCUGUGAUGAAUAAAAUAAAUUUUAAACGAAAUAGUUGCUCAAAAAUAUUUAAUUUUUUUUUUCAAUUAUCUAUAAUAACUAAAGCGAGAUUGCAAUAUUAAAUCUUGGUUAUAUGGAAUCUCGAAAGCAUUAAAAAAUCUAAAAGAAAUUUUGUUCUCAGUUCAACAAUAUACGCCGUAAAGGAGAAGAGUAUUUGAAAGCGGCAUCGUUACCUUAACCUCUAAUUAAAUAUGGACGUUCAAAGGCAUUCAGUUCAUACAUUGGUCUUUCGUUCGCUGAAACGAACGCAUGAUACUUUUCUUACAAAUCAAGGAAUGCUGCCUCCAGUUGAUCCCGAAUUAGAAAAAUUAAAGAAAAAUAUAAAAGCAAAAGAUUCAUACGGUCCGAUAAUUGAACGAGUAAAAACUAACGAACGUGAGAAAGUUAAAAAUCACAACGAAAAUACAGAUCCACCUCCACCGGGCGAUGAAUCGUUUACUAAUGUACCAAGUGAUGCAGUGGUGCCCCAUACCAAUGUCUCUACAAGUACACUUUCUACAGCACUUGCAACAACUACCAAUAACACAGUAGCAUUAGCACCAAAAAAAGCUCCAUCGAUGAUAAAACCCAAAUGGCAUCCGCCUUGGAAAUUGUACCGUGUGGUUAGUGGUCAUUUAGGAUGGGUGAGAUGUUGUGCUGUAGAACCUGGUAACGAAUGGUUUGCCACUGGCUCGGCCGAUAGAGUAAUUAAGAUUUGGGACCUAGCUCUUGGAAAAUUAAAAGUGUCUUUAACUGGACAUAUCAGCAGUGUUAGAGCUCUAGCCUUCUCUCAUAGGCACCCAUACCUUUUCUCUUGUGGAGAAGAUAGACAAGUAAAAUGUUGGGAUCUCGAGUAUAAUAAAGUUAUAAGACAUUACCAUGGGCACUUGUCAGCUGUCUAUUCGAUGGCAUUACACCCUACGAUUGAUGUAUUGACUACAGCUGGAAGAGAUGCUACUGCUCGAGUUUGGGAUAUGCGAACAAAAGCUAAUGUUCAUACUCUUGUUGGACAUACAAACACUGUUGCAAGUGUUAUUAGCCAGUCAAGUGAACCUCAAAUUAUUACAGGAAGUCACGACUGUACUAUAAGAUUAUGGGAUCUUGCAGCAGGCAAAUCUAGAGCAACAUUAACCAAUCACAAAAAAAGUGUGAGAGCACUUUGUUUUCAUCCUUCAGUAUACAUGUUUGCUUCCGCUUCUCCAGAUAAUAUUAAAGAAUGGAAAUGUCCAGAUGGUAAAUUUGUACAAAAUUUGUCUGGUCACAAUGCUAUUGUAAAUUGUUUAGCAAUUAAUUCAGAAGGAGUAUUAGUUUCGGGUGCAGACAAUGGUACAAUGCAUCUUUGGGACUUUAGAACCGGUUAUAAUUUCCAACGUCUUCAAGCUCCGGUACAGCCGGGAUCAAUGGACAGUGAAGCCGGUAUCUUCAGUAUUACAUUUGACAUGACCGGAAGUCGGAUGAUUACGACAGAAGCUGAUAAAACUAUAAAAAUGUACAAAGAAGAUACAGAAGCGACUGAAGAAACUCACCCAAUUAAUUGGAGACCAGACAUUAUCAAACGAAGAAAAUAUUAAAAACUGCAUUGUGAAGUGUAUAUUAUUAUAAUUGUACAAAAUUUUUAAUAUAAAUUGCUAUAAAAACAAA